AUGCACAAAGCAUGUGUUAUUUCACUAAUUCUCCAGGCGUGCUGCGUUAUCUACGCGUUCGCUGAAACGACAAUCAGCACUACGCUGGCUUCAACGACGACUACCGCCGCACCGGUCUCCACCACUCUCAGCAGCUCCUUCAUUCCCACCACCAGACCGCGCCCGGAAGGCCGGUCCAGUGUUACCAAGGAUGACAUGGGCGUUAGCGAGCUGACAGAGGAGCGCAAACGGCAGUUAAAAAGAGAAUUCCACUUGGAAGAAGCCUAUAAAAAGCAGUUAGCCAAGGAAGAACGGGAAAAACAGGAAGCAGCCACCCAGACAACGUCACCUAAAUGGGACGCCGCUGAGCAGAUUUCGAAGUCGGCUGGAUUCCCGCAAGAGAAGACGAACUUUCAGCAGUUUUCGCCUGCCGGACCAACGGAUCCAGCGGGCCGCUUCCCGGUCGCCGGACCAUUUAUGCAAGGUCAGUCUUUUCCAAUGCAGCUGGGACAGCUGCUAAAAGGGAAUACACCUAACCAGAUGCAGCCGACCACCAUGAACCAGUUCGCCCAGCAACCGCAAACGCAAGGUCAAGCGCCGCUGCAACAAAAUUUUGUACCCGCCCAAGGGGACAUGUCCUCGCUCUUCGGUUCCGGCGGAGCUUUGACCAAUAUUAUGCAGCCCCAUAUCGGAUCGCCCCAGGCAGCCGGUCAGUUGAUCCCCCCGCUGAUGGGCAGCGGUGUACAGCAGGGCCUCAACCAACUGCAAUCGCGGCAGUCCAACAUGCAGUCCUUAAUGCAGACGCCCCAGCCGAUGACCUUCCCCGCCAUGGCCACCAACACCAUGCCCAUGCUUCAGGGAAUGGGUCAACAACCCCAGCAGUUGUUCAUGCAACAGCCCAACGGAGCCCUCUCCCCAACGGGAAUGAGCGCCAUGCCCAUUGGCGGCGCAUCCGGUCAGUUCAACGGAGCAAUGCUUCCCAGUGCGUCUGGUUUCAAUUCGGCGCUGUAUGGCAACAAUCAGAUGCCUCUGCAGCAGCAGGGCUUCAUGGGUGGUCAGCCGGUCAAUAUCGGUUUCCAGGGAUAAAAAGUGACUGAUGAUUGUGACUUUUCAAAGAUUUUUUGGCGCAGUAUGCUCUGUGUGCCGUAUGGAGGUUUGCUUUGUAUUU